AUGUUAGAUGAGAAACGAAUCAGAGCCAUCAUUCAACUUCUCCCAAAGAUUGAUCUUCAUACACAUAUUGGAGGAUGUAUUCGUUCCGAUACAAUUUAUGAAUUAAUUAAAUUACAUCCAGAAAUUUAUCCAAAUCCUGAAGAAAUCAUCACCCAAGUCAAAUUAACUGAAGGAGAUAAUAGAAAUUUAAAACAAUGUUUUGACAUAUUUAAAAUAAUCAAUUCUGUAACUUGUGGAGAUUUGAGAAUAUUAGAACGAAUCACAACCGAAAUACUAGAAGAUUACGACAAUGAAAAUACUAUUUAUUUGGAAUUGAGAACAACUCCAAAAAGUGAUGCAAAUUAUACAAAGAAACAAUAUUUACAAUGUGUUAUUGACACUAUUGAAAACUUUUUAAAUACAAGGGAACAUAAUUUUGUUGAUGUAGGCUUGCUUGUAAGUGUCAACAGGGAAGAAAAUAUUGAACUUGCAAGAGAAACAGUAAAUGUCAUGCAAGAACUUGUAAAUGAAAGAAAGGAGCAAAUUAAUAAUGGAAAAAUAUUUAAAAGUAGUGGUAUUGUUGGAUUGGAUCUUUCUGGAAAUCCUUAUAAAGGAAACUUUUCUGCAUUCUUAAAGUUAUUCGAAGAGUGUAAUAUGCACCAAACUAUUCAUUUUGCAGAAAUUGAUAAUUAUGAAGAAUCAAAAUUAAUGUUACAACAUUGUAGCAAAUUUGUUGGAAAGUUAAAAUUCAGAUUGGGACAUGGAGUUUGUUUGAAUGACGAAUUGAAACAAAUUUUAAAAGUUGACAAUUAUUAUGAUAAGGAGGACGAUAGUCUCUUUGAAAAAAUUCCAGUUGAAAUUAAUUUAACAUCAAACUUGAUGAGUAAAUCAGUGAAUAAUCUCCAUGAACAUCCAUUAGUCAUGUACUACCUCUCAAAUCAUCCAAUUUCAAUCAAUACAGAUGACAGAGGAGUGUUUCAAACUAGUUUAGAAAAGGAAUAUUUACAAGCUAUUCAAAUUAUUGAUAAAAUUCAUAAUGAGAGACAUGAAUUAAAGUUUGAACCAAGUGGAGAGGUUAAUGCUUCACUUUUUGAAUUGAUUAGAAUUGUAGAAGAGUCUAUUGGUGGAAUUUUUGCUUCUGAAUCUGUUAUUGAAAAUGUUAGACAAGUUUAUAAGGAACGUGUUGCUCUGGUAUUGUAUGCUGAUUAA